AUGUUUUGCAGAGCGUGCCGUCGCGCAAUUGCGCUCCCCAAGCCCGCUUUGAAUGCCCUCAUUACCAAAGCUCCCCUCUCAAGUCUCUCGAUCGCAGCAAGAAGCUACACUCUUCGAUCUACUCCUACCAACCCACUAGUCAAGAGAUCUGUCCUCGCGAUCCGGUCAUCACCUCAUAUCAACCUCCGAUCGAGCUCCAAGCGCUCCUACUCCUCCGCGACCGAGACCCCGAUAGCCCUCGAGAAGCCCGACCACCUUGACGAUGCCGAGUCAACGAUAUGGGAUAAGCUGACCGCCGAGUUCGCGCCUUCGGAGCUCAUUGUACAAGACGUUUCGGGCGGAUGCGGUUCCAUGUACGCCAUCGACAUCACCUCGGCUAAGUUCAAGGGCGCCAAUAUGCUGAAGCAGCAGCGCAUGGUCAAUGCCGUCUUGGGCGAUAUGAUGAAGCAGUGGCAUGGUGUCCAGCUGCGCACCAAGGCGCCUCAAUAA